UUUAGAUGUCCGAAUACCUCGGAUGGACAGAAAGGCGACCGCCAUUUGGAGUACAAAAACCUCCAAGGGACGAUAUCUUACCAGGAGGACCUGUAACCCAAAGCUAUGAAAACUACGUCAAAAACGUCUUUCACCCAAUGAAUCGAACCAAGCAUGAUAGCGCUCAAAUGGCAGCCGAUCAUGGAGUGUCUGCUUCAAAUAUGCUAAAAAUGGAGCGAACUCUCGGAAAACAUGCUCUUGACGAUACAAUGGAUUCUUAUUCAUUCGAUGACAAUGGGUUGUUUUUGAAAACGCCACUUGAAGCCCUAUAUUCCGAAUUAGGAUUGAAUAAAUCGGAGCAUGCCCUCUACCGUCAAUUUCCUGUAUACACGCCGAAGCAGUCGAGCGAAUACUUUGCCAUCUCACAUGGGGCCGAUCGACGGCAUGACCGCCAUCCAGCUCCACUUUAUUCAUCGUAUCGCGAACAAGACGAUGACGAGUAUGCAAAGAACAAUCGCAAGACAUUGAUCGACUACAAAGACUUUGAUCGAGAGAAGUCACAAAGGUACGCCUAUGACGGCUACAUGUAUUCACCUCUAUCCCCGUAUCUGUACAAAGAGCAUCCUUACAUUCGAGACCAAGACACGCGAAUUGUUGGAUCAAAUUUCGUUCAAGUGACAUCUCGUCCAAAAGAUCGAUUUCUCGAGAAAAUCGACCAGACAUUGGCAGAAGUGAGGGCAAUGCCGAGAUACACUUAAGAACACAUGCUCAGCGACGAGGAUUCUCCAAUCCAUCUGUUGGCUCGAAAAAAAUGUAAAAAUCAGCUUGCGAGCUUGCGGAAGUUGUAGUCAGCUGCGAUGCAUACUUGUAUUCCACACGGGAGCUCGCACAAAU